GGUGCCUCUGAGCAGCUCUCUGAAGAUCAACCGCCUGCCGGUCACAUUCCUUUCCCGGAGGCUGUUUGCUCUGGUUGUGCUAAGGGGUGAUGCCUUAGACGCAUCACUUUUCAAGAACUGGAUCAUGAACAACUUCAUCCUCCUGGAAGAGCAGCUAAUCAAGAAAUCCCAACAAAAGAGAAGGACUUCUCCCUCUAAUUUUAAAGUCCGAUUCUUUGUUUUAACCAAAAGCAGCCUGGCAUACUUUGAGGAUCGUCACGGGAAAAAGCGUACAUUGAAGGGCUCCAUUGAACUCUCCCGAAUCAAAUGUGUUGAGAUUGUGAAAAGUGACAUUAGCAUCCCAUGCCACUAUAAGUACCCAUUUCAGGUUGUGCACGACAACUACCUGCUGUAUGUGUUUGCACCAGACCGCGAGAGCCGGCAGCGCUGGGUGCUGGCCCUGAAAGAAGAAACGAGGAACAAUAACAGUUUGGUGUCCAAGUAUCAUCCUAAUUUCUGGAUGGAUGGGAGGUGGAGGUGCUGUUCUCAGCUGGAGAAACUUGCAGCAGGCUGCGCUCAGUAUGAUCCAACCAAGAAUGCUUCAAAGAAGCCUCUUCCUCCUACUCCUGAAGAUAACAGGGUGAGUGAAGAGUCCAAGUUCCAGGAACCUGAAGAAACCCUGGUCAUUGCCCUGUAUGACUACCAAACCAACGAUCCCCAGGAACUCGCCCUGCAGCGCAAUGAAGAGUACUACCUACUGGAUAGUUCUGAGAGUCACUGGUGGAGAGUCCAAGACAGGAAUGGGCAUGAAGGAUAUGUACCAAGCAGUUAUCUGGUGGAAAAAUCUCCUAAUAGCCUGGAAACCUAUGAGUGGUAUAACAAGAGCAUCAGCCGAGACAAAGCUGAAAAACUUCUUUUGGACACAGGCAAAGAAGGAGCCUUCAUGGUCCGAGAUUCCAGGACUCCAGGAACAUACACUGUAUCUGUUUUCACCAAGGCCAUUGUGAGUGAGAACAACCCCUGUAUAAAGCAUUAUCACAUCAAAGAAACAAAUGACAACCCCAAGCGGUACUACGUGGCUGAGAAGUACGUGUUUGAUUCCAUCCCCCUCCUCAUCAACUAUCACCAACACAAUGGAGGAGGCCUAGUUACCCGACUCCGGUAUCCAGUCUGUUCCUGGAGGCAGAAAGCCCCUGUCACAGCAGGGCUGAGAUAUGGGAAAUGGGUGAUCCAUCCCUCGGAGCUCACUUUUGUGCAGGAGAUUGGCAGUGGACAGUUUGGGUUGGUGCAUCUUGGCUACUGGCUCAACAAGGACAAGGUGGCUAUCAAAACCAUUCAGGAAGGGGCAAUGUCAGAAGAGGACUUCAUAGAGGAGGCUGAAGUCAUGAUGAAACUCUCUCACCCCAAACUGGUUCAGCUCUAUGGAGUGUGCCUGGAGCAGGCCCCCAUCUGCCUCGUAUUUGAGUUCAUGGAGCAUGGCUGCCUGUCGGAUUACCUGCGCAGCCAGCGGGGACUCUUUGCAGCAGGAACCCUGCUUGGCAUGUGCCUGGACGUGUGUGAGGGCAUGGCCUACCUGGAAAAGGCGUGUGUCAUCCACAGAGAUUUGGCUGCCCGAAAUUGUUUGGUGGGAGAAAACCAAGUCAUCAAGGUGUCCGACUUUGGAAUGACAAGGUUCGUCCUUGAUGAUCAAUACACCAGUUCCACGGGCACCAAAUUCCCAGUGAAGUGGGCAUCCCCGGAAGUGUUUUCUUUCAGUCGCUACAGCAGCAAGUCAGAUGUGUGGUCAUUUGGUGUGCUGAUGUGGGAAGUCUUCAGUGAAGGCAGAAUCCCAUAUGAAAACCGAAGCAACUCAGAGGUAGUAGAAGACAUCAGUACCGGAUUUCGGUUAUACAAGCCCCGACUGGCCUCCUCCCACAUUUACCAGAUCAUGAAUCUUUGCUGGAAAGAGAGACCAGAAGACCGGCCACCCUUCUCCAGACUCUUCGGUCAGUUGGCUGAAAUCGCAGAAUCAGGACUUUAGUAGAGACUCACUGUCAGGCCGUGAGCUGCAUCUGAUUGAAGGGAGGAUGUCCUCCUUCCAUAGAGCAUUAAAAACUGCCACCAGCCCAGGUCUCCCCAGAGGCAGCUUGGCCUGUAGCACAGGUCCCUGUGAUGAAGACAGCCUCCUGACAGAGACUGGCAGCCAGGCUACAGGCAGGGGGUCAGUCCCCAAACUAAGAGCAGGCCAGCACAGCAGCAAUGUCACUGUGCCUUCUCAAGCCACUUGUCACCUGAAUGCACAGACCUCAAUGACACCUUUCAGUGAGCACUUCUUGCCCGUCUUAGCAAUAGGGAGAGAAGGUGUAGAAGCUCAGAUUCUUUUUUUUAAUAUUAGGCAUGGGUCUAAGUUUAUGGUUCAAAUGACUCUCAUUUGACCCAACAAUACAGUACACCAGUAUAUGGAGGCCCAGGGGAAUAAGAAGCAUGACUCUUUUUCUAAGAAAACUAGUGAGCUGGUUAAGGCCAGGAACCAUGCUCUGUUGCUGUGAUGCUGUCAGCCACAGUUUCCUGCAGUAGAUGAACUCGAGCAGCUGCUCACAACAGAGGCCGGAUGUCCUGAGAAGCAGCUUUAUGAGGUUUCACAGAGCACAUUGCCUCCUCACUGCGUGAAGGAGCUUGGAAGGAUUGGGAUAAACCAUUCAGAUCCCAUGGUUGGGCCAUGGGAUAUCUGAUGUUCGGUCAGGAAUAAGAGGGCAUCUGAUAGGUUUGAAAACAAACAAAAAAGGCAUUAGCACACCAAAGCUCCCAUUUUGCAUCAAGUCAUGCAGGCUACUAUGCCCCCUCUUCUACACAGAGUGCUCAGGAAAUGAUUAUUUCUGAAUCCUCAUCUUUCCAGUCACUGGGAAUCAGUCCUCUCUCUGCACAGUCCUGUCUGCAUCAACAGGGGGCAGCAUUGUGUUGGCCAGUGUGGUCUUGCAAAGAAAUUAAAGCUUCUGUAGGCCCUGGGGUUUAGCAGUUCUCAGUUUGAGACUUCAAGGCUCCCCAAAUUCUAGGACAGGAAUAAGAACUUUGUUCUUGGUCAAACUAUUUAUAUGGAAACUGAGUCAAGCACUGUGGUUCUUCCAAGAUGCACAAGGAUGUCCAACUGUUAACUGAGCACUUAUAUGGCAAAGUAGAUAUACAUUGAGCUACAAGCUCUUCCUGCAGGAUCUUAAUGUGCCCAGAGUUCACAUCAGUUUAAAAAGAUAAUAUUAUUUUCCCCAUUUUACAGAUAAUGGAGCUGAGUCUUUAAAAAGCCAGGAAAUUUACACAAGGUGACAGAAUUGGGAAGUAUAGAGCUGAAUGCUAGCCAAAGUCUGACUCCAUUGCAGAAUAUUUUUUCCUAUUCAACACUGCCUCCUACUGAGAGUGAAAGGGUUUGCAAAGGAGAUCAAUAAAACAGGGGAAACCCAUAGAUUACCCUUAAAGGAAUCAAUACAGCACCUAUGAGGAAUGCUGCUUAUGCAGACGCCACUUGGUGGACCAUAUGGAGCUCCAACUUGGAACAGGAUCUUCUCUUUCCUCUUCUUGAUCGUUGUGACUUUGGAGUUACUCAGUUAAUUAACCCUUUAAUUCUCCCCACCCACCCAAGUCUCAUUGCAUGAAGCUAUUUAUAGAUGAGCUUCAAAGCUGAUCCUACUGCAGAAGGAUAAAUACUUCCCCUAAUUAUCAGUUUAACUUUGAGCUGUAGUCUUCUUGGACACUUUGUGGGGAGGUGUAUUCCCUGAUAUAAAACAAACUUGAUUUUUCUACAAUGUUCAGCUAAAGCUCUUAGAGAAAUUAUCAGAUAGUGUUGCAAUCAGCUCUUCCAAAUUGCAGUGUUUUGGCUGACUUGAUUUAGAUGCAUAACUUUUAACCAUAAUUAUUGUGAAACAGAGCCUCAAGAUAAAAUUCUAUCAUUCAGAAGAUGAUCGUACUCAACUUAUCCACAAUCGUCCCUGUUUACUCUUUAGCAUUUUGUGCAUUCUCUUUGGAACCCUUAAUUAGAGAUGAUUUCUGGGACAGUCAGCCCCAAAGGAAACAUCAGAAUUGACUGAUCUCUGUGGUUUGGCUUAGAAAAUUUUCCUCUGCAUGGUAUUAUCUUUUUUAAGCUCAGAGACAUUGGGGCUUUAACUGAACACGUGUACAUCGCUCACCUCCCAGAGUCCUGUAUCGCAACAAGGGCUUCUUGCCUAAUGAUUUUCCCUCUCAAAUACUGAAAAUGGUGCCCUGCAUUUACAGAGAAUUCCCUUAUACAAGGUCUUUGAUUCUAGUUGCAUUGUGUAGAUUUUGAGUCUAUGUAUCUUUUUAGACUACAUAUUUAUACUUAAUCAGAUGACUAUUUAUUAGUGUACAGUCACCGCUAGUGUUCAAAAUAAAAAUGUCACAAAUAUCCCUUACCCUUUGUAGAGCACACAAAGUUGCAUAUGGCAAAUAAAACUGUUUUAAUAAAUGUAUCAUUCAUGGCUUAAGUUCUGCAUUUAUCCAAAUGGUAAACUCCCAAAAUUUUCCAUAAGUAAAAAUGGUUGCCUGGUUUCAUCUUCCCCAAACAAGUGCAUCAUCCACAACAUUCCUUAAGCACAUGAAUCUCCAGUGCUUCCAACGUGUCAUUCACUGGGCACAGUACACAUCCUUAUAGAAACAAAGAAUUUUGGCAGUCUUUACUUUCAAGAAACUCUGAGUCUGGUAUGGAAGGCAGACAGCAGAUAUACAUAGACAAAAUUACAGUACAGCAAUUAGAGCAGCAAUGGAAAUAUGGUCAAAGAAGAGAAGAAUCCAGAAAAAAAUUUCCAGGUAAAGGAAAUAGAAUAUUUGGGAAGCUCUUAUCAGUUUGAUGUUACUAGUAUAUAAAUGUGUGUGUAUGUAUGAGUGUACACUCUGAAAGGGUGGGUAAAUUGAAACUGAGAAUAUAAAUCUAGGCCUACUUCAAAAGCCCAAGAAGACAGACUUUUACACUGUAGGUAGAAAUAUCAUUAGGCAGGAGGGGAAGGUUUGUUUUUAAAAAAUACCUCCUGGCUGCUGCGUGAUGAGUAAACUUGUUAUAGGCAAAGCUGGUGGAAGAGAAAUCAGCUUGGGGAUGAUUUUUCUCUUGUUCACAGUACCAGAUUAUUGUUCAUACUCACUGUCAUCUGCUGUGUGGGUGACAUGUGGAAAUGUAUAAUUCAGAAUUCUUCAGUCAUUGCUGGACAGCAAUAAAUAGCUAUUC